AUGCGGCCCCUGUGGCUCUGCUGGGCCCUCUGGGCGCUGCCCCUGGCCGGCCCCGGGGCGGCCCUGACCGAGGAGCGGAUCCUGGACAGCCUGCUGCAGCAGCUGCACCUCAGCGAGGUCCCCAUCGUGGACAAGGCCGCCGUGGAGGGGCUGGUCAUCCCGGCCCACGUGAGGGCCCAGUACGUGGCCCUGCUGCAGCGCGGCCACGGGGCGCGCUCCCGGGGGAAGAGGUUCAGCCGGAACUUCCGAGAGGUGGUCGGCAGGUUCCUGGCGUCCGAGGCGUCCUCACAUUUGCUGGUGUUCGACAUGGAGCAGCGGCUGCCGCCCCGCAGCGAGCUGGUGCAGGCCGUGCUGCGCCUCUUCCAGGAGCCGGUGCCCAGGGCCGCGCUCCGCAGACACGAGCGCCUCUCCCCGCGCAGCGACCGCGCCCGGGUCACCGUCCAGUGGCUGCACGUCCGCGACGACGGCUCCAACCGCACCGCCCUCAUCGACUCCAGACUGGUGUCCAUCCACGAGAGCGGCUGGAAGGCCCUGGACGUGACCGAGGCGGUGAACUUCUGGCAGCAGCUGCGCAGCCCCCGGCCGCCGCUGCUCCUGCAGGUGUCGGUGCAGCGGGAGCACCUAGGCCCGCUGGCCUCCAGCGCCCACAGACUGGUCCGCUUCGCCCCCCAGGGGCCGUCGGGCGGCCGGCAGGGGGAGCCCCAGCUGGAGCUGCACACCCUGGACCUCAGAGACUACGGAGCUCAGGGAAACUGUGAUCCUAAGGCACUGGUGAUGGAGGACACCCGCUGCUGCCGCCAGGAGAUGUACAUUGACCUGCAGGGGAUGAAGUGGGCUGAGAACUGGGUCCUGGAGCCCCCAGGCUUCCUGACCUAUGAGUGUGUGGGCACCUGCCAGCAGCCCCCAGAGUCCCUGAGCUUCAAGUGGCCGUUUCUGGGGCCUCGACAGUGCAUCGCCUCGGAGACGACCUCGCUGCCCAUGAUUGUCAGCAUCCAGGAGGGAGGCCGACUCCAGCCCCAGGUGGUCAGCCUGCCCAACAUGAGGGUGCAGACGUGCAGCUGUGCCUGGGACGGGGUGCUUGUGCCAAGGAAGUUGGAGUCAUAG